AUGUCUUUGGCUAUUUCCCCUGGGGCCGCCCGGCGGGCUGCCAUUCUCGGUGGUCCCAACACGGUUGUUGGCGCCAGACUUGACGGCAAGGAAGAUGGCUAUGGGCAGGUAGGAUAUGCUCUCACAGCCCGACCUUCUCUUUCCAGUGGCCCAUCAAGCCUCGAGGAUGGCCCCGAGCUACCUCUGACCGCAAGCACGCCUUCCAGCCCCAGUGACAAGCACCGGACGUGCCACUGGGCUGAGACGGCUUUCCUUGUGAUGGCUGAGUUCGUGGGCUUCGCCAUUCUUAGUUUCCCUCACGCUUACGCCACCAUGGGCUGGGUGCUUGGAAUUGCUGCCACGAUCUUCGUGGGCCUUGGUUACUUGUACACCUCGCUCGUUCUCUGGGACCUUUGCCUCCGACACCCCGAAGUCAAGAGCAUCUGUGACAUCGGCAAGCUAUUAUGCGGAAAGUACGGCGCCAGCGGAUUGUGGUUCACCGCAUGUAUGUUUGUUUGCAACAAUAUUGGCAUUCAUGUGAAUCUUGGUGGGAAUUUCUUUCAAGACGUAUUAAACGGAAAGUCUGUGGGGAUCUCUACUCGGAUCCUCGGCGGCCUCGUUGCAACAUUUCUCUGCCUCCUUUGCUCACUACCUCGAAGCCUCAAAGUAUUGUCUCGUUUCGCCAUGGCCGCUGUUGCUUCCACGGUCACUUGCGUCAUCCUUUCCAUGGUUUUCAUAGUAAAUCAGGGUGGCCCUAUUGACUCCUCAGGGCAGACCCAAGGCGGUGCCGAUGCCGCUAUAGCAAAGGAUAGUAUGAUCGUGUUCUCUCCCUGGCCCUCGCCUGAUGCAACCUUUAAAGACAUCAUGGUGGCUUUCUUAGGCAUUGCAUUUGCAUUCAUCGGUCAGAUAACGCUCCCCAGCUUCAUCGCUGAAAUGAAGGACCCCAGAGAUUUCCCCAAGGCAUUAUACCUCUCCUCAUUCUUCCAGUACUCCCUUUUCAUCACAUUCGCCCUCUUUAUGUAUAAGCACAUCGGGCUUCGUGAUAUGACAACCAUCACGAUCGGAAGCCUUGAAAGGACUCAGCUCAUUAUCUGUUUCAGUUUCCUUCUACCUUCUUUGAUUAUACUUGGAUCCCUCUACGCCACAGUUACCGGUCUAUUCAUCUUGAAUGCGCUUGAAUCACGUAUCUCAAAGAAACGUACCAAGAAUAUUAUCUGGGUUGUCAUUAUUACUCUUCUCUGGGGCCUGGCCUUCACCAUCAGCCAAGUCAUUCCUGAAUUCGAUGCUUUGCUCGCCAUUGUCGGUGCCAUCUUUGACGGUUUCUUCGGGUGGAUUUACUGGGGGGUCGCCUGGUUCCGUAUGCGGCAAGCUGAUGUUCGUAAGAGGGUGCCCCGCGUAUGGGGGCCAGGGAUGGACGUUGUGUUGGGGGUCGUCAACACGUUGCUCAUUCUUAUCGGCAUGGGGCUUUUCCUUGGUGUCGGCUCCUGGGCUUCUUUUGCUUACCUUCGAGAUGUUGAGAACAACCAAAACUAA